AUGUCAACAAAUAAUUCCAAUUUUAAUUUUGAAUGGAAAUCUUCAUCAACUCCAACAAAAAAAGAAACAGAUGAUCAAGAAUAUAAUAUUUUAUUAUUGGGUGUAACUGGAAGUGGUAAAUCAACUUUUAUUAAUUCUGCUUAUAAUUAUUUAAAAUAUUCAUCAUUAGAAGAGGCAAUUGCAAAAGGUGAUAUUAAUAAAAUGUUUAUUAUACCAACAAAAAUUAAUAUGACUGAUUCAAAAUCUAUUAAUUAUUCAUUUUCAAUAAAUGGUUCAUCAAUGAUUCAAACAAAUAAUGAAAUUGGUAAUAAAAGUAAUGAAAAUGGUAAAUCAAUGGUUGAUAAUAAUGAAAUGAAUCCAGAUCAAAUUAAAAUUGGUGAAUCAGUUACUAGGGUUCCAAAAAAGUAUCCAUUAAUUUAUAAUGGUAGAUUAUAUAACUUAAUUGAUACAUGUGGAAUUGGUGACACUCGUGGUAUUCAACAAGAUUCUAUAAAUUUUGAAUUAAUAUUAUCACAAAUUUCACAAUUAAAAUAUUUACAUGGUAUAUGUAUUUUUAUGAAACCAAAUGAUAGUAGAUCAACAAUCCUAUAUAAAUGGUGUUUAAGUGAAUUGUUAACUAAAUUACACCAUUCAGCUAAAGAUAAUAUUAUGUUUUGUUUUCCAAAUUCUCGUGGUACAUUCUUUCGUUCAGGUGAUUCUCAACUAACUUUAAAAAAUUAUUUACAACAAUUAAAGUUAGACUUAAAUAUUGAUAUUGAAAAUAGUAAUAAUUGUAAUUUUACAAAUAGAUCAUUAGAGAGUAGAGAAUUUUAUUUUGAUAAUGAUGCACUUCAUUUCUUGGCUGUAAAAUCACAAGGCGGUCAUUUCGAUCAAACUGAACAAGCUCAAUAUCAUUAUAGUUGGACAAAAUCUUCAGUUUCUUUGAAAAGAUUACUUACUAAAAUUCAAAGUAUGCCACCACAUGAUGUAAGAAAUACAAUUUCAAUUAAUUAUGCAAGGGAAAUGAUUUCACAAUUGGCAAAACCAAUGUCGGUUUGUUUAAAAAAUAUUAAUGAUAAUUUAAAUGAAAUUAAUAAACACAAGAAAAAAUUAAGAAAAUCUUUACAUCAAGUUUCAUUAAAUCAACAACAACAAAAUCAAAAUCAAAAUAACAUAACAAUUGGUUCGACAGAUUUGAGUGUAGUUAAUGAUUUAAUUUCAAAAGAAUUACAAGAAAGUUUAUUUAUUCCAAUUAUUCAAGUUACAUCAAUGCCAUUAUCUCGUCCAAAAGCAGUUUGUAUAAAUUCAUUUUGUAUUGAAAAAGAAAAAUAUAAAUUAUCAAGACAAAUUGAAUUCCCAUCAUCAUCGUCCUCCUCUGAUUCAAAUGAUGAUAAUGAUGAUUCAAAUUCAACAAAUAAAAUUAGAUUUUGUUGUGAAAAUUGUUUUGGGGGCUUAUUAGGAAAUCUUUAUUUAUGUUUUAGCUAUGAUGUAAAUGGUAAAUGUAAAAGUUGUUAUAAAUCAAAUGGUUCUUUAUGUCAUCAUUCUGAUCAUAUAAUUAUUAAAUCAAUUGAAUCAAACAAUCCAAUUAAAAAUCAACCUCUACAACAACAUCAAUCAAAUGAUAGUUUUGAAAAUAUUAAAGAAAAUACUAAUCAAUUAAUUAAACAAUUAAAAGAAAGAAAAAAACUAUAUGAAAAAGAAUUUCAAGAGAUUUCAAAUGCAUCUGUUCAUUUCUCAUUAUUUCUCUCCAAGAAUUCAUUAAUUCAAGUUAAUAAUGAAUAUGAAAAUUUUAUUAAUUUACAAAUUUCAAAUGAAAAAUCUCAAGACUCAAUUAAAAUAUUGGUUAAACAUUUACAAGAUUAUAAGAUUCAAGUUGAUUCACAAAGAAAAGCAAUAGAAUCUGAACUCAAUUAUUUUUUUAUUUUUAGUAAAGAAAAAAAAAAAAAAAAAAAAAAAAAAAGGGUUAUUUUUGUUUUUUUUUUUUUUUAA